CGCCAUUUGCCAUUUUGUGUGGGGUAUUUGGCUUAAAGUGCGCCAUAAACUAAAAGGCAACAACGGCAGCAGCAACAGCAGCUGCUACAACGGGCCCACCCAAAACGCCUACAACUUAGACAGCGAAGCUAAAGAGAAAUCACAACUGAGCGUGUGACAAAAAGCACAGCAAGCAACCAAAAGCAGACGUUGCCAAACUUCACUACUACACAGUGCAUGUGUGUGAGCGUAUGCGUGUGUUUGUGCGUUUGCUUGUUAUCUGCAGUCAAAGUCAUAGAGAUAGCGCCCUGACGCUUUGAGUAGUACCGUUACGCUACAUACAAGCAAACGAAGCUUGCACUCAAGAGCAAGAGCGCGAGAAAGAGAGCAAAGCGUGAGAGUGGCGCAUUGAGUGGCGCACUCACCUUACACUAACACACACACACACACAGACACACAUUUAUUUGUGUGUGCGCGCAAUUGAGCGCACGCGCGUCUCUGUCGCAGCAGAAGAAAAUAUAUAUACAUACAUACAUAUAUAUUUAUACUCAAGUUGUUUUUUUGUUCGAAAGAGGGAAAAUAUAUAACGCCUGUCAAAAUGUUUGCUGUAAUGCGAAUCGACAACGAUGACUGCCGGUCGGAUUUCCGUCGCAAGAUGCGUCCAAAGUGUGAAUUCAUUUGCAAGUAUUGCCAACGGCGUUUCACCAAGCCAUACAAUCUGAUGAUACACGAGCGCACGCACAAAUCGCCAGAGAUAACAUAUUCCUGUGAGGUCUGUGGCAAAUAUUUCAAGCAACGUGAUAAUCUGCGACAGCACAGAUGUAGUCAGUGUGUUUGGCGAUAAGCUAAAAUAUCAUAAAUACAUACAAUAUAUAAAAACCAGCACACACAGCAAUAAAGAAAAAUGAAAAUAAAAAAAAUCAA